UCGUCGCCAUUUUAUUUUUUGUCGCGCUGGAAAAGCGGCCAUUUUCUUUGUGCCGCGUCGCUUACGACGACUCGUAUGUGGUCCAUAAAGUUAAUUUAGUUAAGUUGAGGCGUGAUCUCAUCGUAUGAAACGAAUCGGACGAAGGGCGCGGCGCGAGGCUCGGAGGCACCAUGGACGAUGACCAGCAGUUCUGCCUGCGGUGGAACAACCACCAGUCGACGCUGGUGUCCGUGUUCGACACUCUGCUGGAGAAGGGAAUUCACGUGGACUGCACCCUGGCUGCCGAGGGACAGACUCUGAAGGCACACAAAGUAGUUUUGUCUGCGUGCAGUCCCUAUUUCGAGAAUGUCCUAUCGCAACAGUACGACAAGCAUCCGAUUAUAAUUUUAAAAGAUGUAAAGUAUGCAGAGUUACGAGCCAUGAUGGAUUACAUGUACCGGGGGGAAGUGAACAUCUCGCAGGACCAGCUAGCGGCUCUGCUGAAGGCGGCAGAGUCCCUGCAGAUCAAGGGCCUGUCGGACAACAAGCCCUCGCGGCCCCCCUCGCGCCCCGCGCCCGCCGCUGCACACCCGCCGCGCGCGCCCUCGCCACCACCACAAGUCAGAGACGGUAGCAUCGACAGCCGCGAAGGCUCCAUGAGUCCGACGCGGCGUCGAAAGAAAGCGCGUCGCGCGUCCACAGACCUCCCCGCCGUACUACCGACACCUGCCACAGACGCUACCCAGGGCAACGGAGACGAGGUGCCGAUGAAGGAGGAGGUCUCCCGCGACGGGGUCGAGGACCUGACCCUGGACGAGGACGCUGAGGAGCAACCGUCUGUCACGCACAAUGAUGUUGUACGCAAUUUCCAAUGGCACAUGGAAAGAUCUCAAGAUGAAAUAAUGAAUUCAAAUGACAGUGUUCGAGAGUCUCAAGACGCACACAAAGACGGGCAGCUGCCGUCGGCGCUGCUGUCGCUGCUGUCGGCGCAGCGCCAGUCGCAGUCGCUGGCCGCGCUCGUGCCGCCCUGCAUCCAGGUCACCAACAUCCUCAAGCCGCUGGGCUGCGCGCCGCUGCUGCCCGACAACCUCAAGGCGCAUCUGCUGCAGCAGGCCUUCCUGCAGAACAACAACUCGGUCGCCUCGGCCAAGCCCGACGACCAGGAGUCGGACGCGGAGUACGACGACACGGACGAUAUCGUGCUGCCGGAGGAGUCGGACGCGUACUACGAGAACGCAUACUCCAGCGGCGCGUCGCUCGGCUCGGGCGAGUACGAGUCCAAGCACGAGCUCAAGCUGGUGAAGCGCGACGGCAACAGCUCGGACGACGCGAGCCGGCAGUUCGAAUGCCGGCACUGCGGCAAGCGCUACCGCUGGAAGUCCACGCUGCGGCGCCACGAGAACGUGGAGUGCGGCGGCAAGGCGCCGUCGCACCAGUGCCCCUACUGCUCCUACAAGGCCAAGCAGCGCGGCAACCUCGGCGUGCACAUCCGCAAGCACCACAACACCGAGUGGUACAUGUACGCCAGCAACAAGGUCCGGCGAAACAAGAAGACUUCCAUAUAACCUGUACGCAGAGGAAAACAUUAGACCAAAGUAGAUACCUAACCAAAUCGGUACUGCAAUAAUAUUAUUUAUAUUUACAUUUUUAUUUUUGUUAAAGACGUUUAACUUUUAAUAUACACUAAAGAUAAUAGAUAUUAAUGUGCACAUUCCCUAACGGCGUUAGAUUUAAUUUGUUGAUUUUUGUUUAGAGUUUAUUAUCUUAGUUAAGACUGACCCUAAGUAUUUCGUUCAGGAGAACAUUUCUAGUGGUAUUUAUUUUUUUGACGACCAUGUCUCCCUCUACAUCCAAAGUUAAAAGUUGUAAUUUUCGAAACGAAAAUUGAAUUUUGAAUCAUGUUUCUCACGAUAGGUACCUACCAUUAACUCGAAUUUGUAUAGUUUUAGUACCCUAACAUUCCUCACGCGGAAUAUAAUGAUUCCAAAAGCAAAUCCACUUAGUGCAAUGAUAUUACUACUUAGAGAUAUUCUAUUUCCGUUGCUGAUGUAUUUAUUGUCGCAGUAGUUUAAUUUUCAUCACGGGUAAAAUUGAACAUUCUCCACCUUAAUGUGUAUAAUUUGUUUUUGCUUUUUCUUGUUAUAUGUUUAAAUUAUUUUACCAAUGUGUCAGGGACCAUUCACUUGUCUUCCCAUUAGUAGACGAUCCAAAGUUUUAUAUUGAAUAGUUGUAUUAUUAUUUAUUAGGUUAAUGUUUGCGGACUCGGCGUCCUUAGCGUAACGGGAGGCCUCGGAUUGAGGUGGGGGAAUGUGUAACACGGACCCCAAAGAUUUGAGGCGAUUUAGCAAGUAAGUAAGCAAAAGCUCAUCGAUUAUGUGCCUACAAUGUUACCUGUAGAUAAUAUUAAAUAUUUAUUACGGUUUGUAUUUCGGUUUACUGGGAUAAAAGUGUGUUCAAAAUUAUUAAAAAAAAGAUAUUAAGUAAUUGAUAUUUAUUCGCAAUAUUCGAGUUUCGUUAAGCAUAUUGACUGUUGAUAUUUUUUUGUUGUUAACUUAGGAUAACAAAGCUAUUUGACCAAAGUCAGUAUUAGUCUAUUAACGUUGGUGUAACUUGUAACGUGUUAUUUGUUAUAAAAUCAAGUCGUCGCUACGCAUAGCGCAAUGAUUCCUUCGAAUGCAAUGUCCAUCAUAUCAUGCUAGUUAAAGGUCUAAGGUACUAAUGUAUCGGUUAGAAUAAAAUUUGGAUGUUAUGAAGUCCACAUUGUUUGUUAAUGUUAUUGGAUUUUAGUUAGUGUGAUUUUUAUAUGAAUAUAUUGGGGUUUACUUGGUAGAAAAUUUUAAUAAAAUAUAAAUAUAGUAUACCAUGUUA